AUGGAGAAGACGAUCUAUAUUGCUCCCUUCAUCCACUGUGAGAGUUUGACCGAGCUCGAUGUUUGCCCCAAUGGCAUGAUUGGUGUGGGCGCGGAUGGCAAGAUUGCUUUCGUUCGUCGUGAUAUGAAGGGUCGUCAGUUACCGGUGGAGGAGGGGUGGGAGGAGGCGAAGGUUGUCAGUGUUGGGGAGAAUUGCUUCUUUUUCCCCGGGUUUUGGGUUGUAGACACGCACAUCCACGCUUCGCAAUAUCCCAACGCCGGCGUGUUUGGGAAGUCGACGCUGUUGGAUUGGCUGAACACAUAUACCUUCCCGCUGGAAUCCUCGUUCAAGGACCUCGAUAAAGCGGCUCGCAUCUACAACCGUGUCGUCGCCCGGACGCUAUCGCAUGGGACGACGACGGCCUGCUACUACGCCACCGUCCACGUCCCCGCAACAAACUUGCUAGCGGACAUCUGCCACUCGAGAGGUCAACGAGCGUUCGUGGGCAGAGUGUGCAUGGAUCGCUUGAGCCCGGAGUGGUAUCGUGAUGAAAGUACCGAGUCAGCUGUCAAUGACACGAAAGCUUCUAUCGACCACAUCAAGCAGAUCGAUCCGGAAUACGAGCUCAUCACGCCAAUCAUUACUCCUCGCUUCGCCCCUUCAUGUACGGACGCCACGCUUACCGCGCUGGGCAAGCUUCACCAUGAGACAGACCUGCCAGUCCAAACGCACAUCUCCGAAAACAAAUCCGAAUGCCAACUCGUCAAGGAAUUGUUCCCGCACAGCGCAUCAUACACCGACGUCUACGACUCUACCGGCCUCCUAACGUCCAAAACCAUCCUCGCUCACGCAGUCCACCUCUCGCGCGACGAACGGAAGUUGAUCAGAGAACGGAAAGCGAAGAUCAGCCACUGUCCAGCUUCCAACACAGCGCUCACUUCCGGCACGGCGAAAGUGCGAACCAUGCUGAACGAAGGCUUGACCGUCGGACUCGGCACGGACGUCAGCGGCGGCUACACUCCUUCCUUACUAGCUCAGUGCAGAGAAGCCAUCUUCGUCUCCCGCCACGUCGCCAUGGAUCACGGCGACGACGCCAAGUUGUCUGUGGAGGAGGCGUUGUACCUCGCCACUCGCGGCGGGGCGGAAGUCGUUGGCUUGCAGGAUCGCAUUGGCGGGUUCGAGGUGGGCAAGGACUGGGAUGCGCAGAUGGUUUCUCUCGGCCCCGUGGUGCCGGAGACGGUGGGGUUGGAUGGGCGGGAAGGGUUGGUGGAGGUUUUUGGCGGGGAGGGGUGGGAGGAGAAGAUCGCUAAGUGGGUGUAUACGGGGGAUGAUCGGAAUACGGUUGCGGUGUGGGUUAAAGGGCGGUUGGUGCAUUGUCGGGAGGGGUGGAGGCCGUGA